AUGACGGCUGUACAGAGCAGGGUGGUUCAGCUUCAAGAUCGAUCGGAAAAUGGGAUAUGUGAAAAUGGGAUAUAUAUAUGUUCGCGGCGUCUACAAAACUCCUUUCGUGUUACACUAGACGGGGCUCAAGGUCCUUUACGUGUCAGGGACAACGUUGAAACGGGCUGGUUCCCAACGAAUUUAGACUCGGAAGAGUCGAAAUGGCAUUUUGAUAUUCUCAUUCUUCUCGCUGUCAUUGGCAGCUCCGCCACUCAGAAGCAUAUGCCCGCCAUCACAGCCUCACCCUUCGGUCUUUUUCCUCGUCUUUUGCCCGCACCCGAAGCCCUCCUCGAUACUAUCCGGCUGUAUCGUCUAUCUUCGACUCCAAAUGUCGACGUCGUCGGGGUAUAUUCCGGUACCGUUCUUACAGAACUAAACUACUUCGCGAAUCCACUACACAAGAUAGAAGACAUCCAACCCUUUGAAUUCCGAUCCUGCGAAAUCAAAUACAACGGCAGUGACAAGGAAAAAGGAGAGCCAAGCAACACGGAUCGCAUCAAACCCACAUCCUUCCUGAACGUAGUUACAAUUUUGUCGAUUUUCAUUUCAGUGGGCCUCUUAGUCUUCGCCGGUGUAAUCCAUGACGACGUCGCGCUAAUCGGAGUGGGCACCAUGGCCCUGUCCACUAGUGCCGCUAGUCUGUCGGCAUACUGGUCUCCACAGCUAUCGAAACAGAUCGUGAAAACUACAGUGCCUCAAGGAGAUCUUGUGAUUCGCACUCGUGGAGGGGGUUUCAUUGUGGUCCGUGGCAAGGAGAACGUCAUCUGCGAACUUUACACGGGCAUGGAUUCCUACAAGUAUUUUUUCACGGAUAAGAUCCGCCAGAUCUUUUUGGCUAUGAGCACGCUACUGUUGAUGACAUCGGUCAUUAUGUUCAGCAAUAGCAGCGAAAAGAUGUAG